ACUGAAAAUAUAACUAUCAAGACGGAUGGGGGGAUGUUUUUAGAAUUUAGAAUGUUCAUAUGACGUAACAAUGUUGAAUCUAAUUGUGACGUUACUCAUUGUUUAUAGAGGACGAUCGUGCCAGAAGCAAUGGCUGAGGAGACAACAAACAGUAAUGCAGUGAUGGAGAGUUCUUAUUCUUCCGCUGUUGGCGGUGUCCGUACCUCAACUAGUUCUACAGGACUGGAAGAGCAGUUUCCACUUCACCGGGCAAACAAGAAUUUCAACGUUAGUGUUUCCUCGGAAUACCUCUUUCGUGAACUGACGUCACUAGUACCGGUGUCGUUGGAUAGCGAUGAUGAAGAAUCUUCUGCUCACAAUGAAGAAGAGAUUGUAAACUCCUUUAAAGUAACAUCGAAAGACAAGGACACUCUCUUGCCCAGUCCAAAAAGGUAUGGUCUCCAUGGUAAUAAGUACAAGUUGAGCCGUUUCUUUGGAAAUAUUUUCUCCAAAAAGAACAGUUCUUUGGCAAAAGAAAAUCCAGAUAUUCUGAACUGUCGUAAGGAAUUGGCAAAAGACUUGCCUCGAGAACACAACGAUUUUAGGAGCGAGGGGGAGAGUUCCACCGAUAAGGACUUCCUUUUUGCCAGCGAAGGCAAGCAGAAAAAAUCGUCUGCUAAGCGAUCGUCUGCCAUCAUCUUUUCCUGCUUUAGAAAGCUUUGAUUUCUAAGUUUCACAUGGACUGAACUAUAUUGCCAACUAAAUGAAAUACUUCAAUAUAAUUGUGCAACACACCAUUGGUUUACGUAAUAUUUGAAAAUUUAAUGCUGAUUAAUCAUUCAAUAAAUUGUUCUUUUACUCAUC